AUGAUUGGAGUGCAUCAAAAAUACACUGGUGAUCAACCGGGGCUCGAGUACAAAUCGCCCACGUAUGGUGCUCCCCCCGCUUUUGAGCUAGCGCAGCUGAAGAUGGAUCCCCCACGGACCCCACCUGUCAGCUCGAGGCUGGCCCGAGGGACGGAGAGUCGUGGUCGCGCGACGGAUGGGGCACCAGCAAUGCAUUCAAGCUCUAGAUGCCAACAGUUCCACUGGAUUGCACAGGGAAGAGAGGACGGUUCACCCAUUGACCCAACAACUUCAUCGCCUUGGGUGAAUCGUGCCGCCACCAGAAUCUACGUAUUUGCCAUAACGAUUAUCACAGUCUCGGCCCUUGCCCUCAUGGUAGAUGUCUUCUACAAAGAAACGGGAGUUCUAAGUGUCCGCCAAAAGACCAUCGGAGUGGUCCUGGUGCUGUUCGCCGUAUACACUCAGACAUUAUUGCGUGCAGAACAUGUUUAUCACACGAAGAUGACCCAGAGCGGCUGCAAACCAAUUAAUACAUAUAGAAAUAACCCCCUCGGCAUCCCGUUUCUACUGGAGUCAGGCAAGGCCCUGAAAGCAAACAGAUUCCUCCAGCUCCGCGCUGAGCAACUGCAGAUAUGGGGUCGGACAUUUCAGACCAGACUGUUCCCAGAGACCGCCAUGACAAUAAUUACAGACGAUCCUGAUAACUUGAAAACCAUACUUAGUACCAGAUUUGAGGACUGGAUCAUUCCAGAACAACGCAUCAAGGGCUUCUUACCAGUACUAGGGUCUCACUCGAUAUUUACUACUAAUGGCCCCGAAUGGCAGCAUUCUCGGGCCAUGCUUCGGCCUGCAUUUGUCAGAGAUCAAAUAUCGGACCUCGAAUGCUUUGAUAAGCAUAUAAAAAAGCUCACCAAGCGGAUUCCCAGAGAUGGUACCCGCUUUGACCUCCAAGCCAUGUUUGCGAUGCUCACAAUCGAUUCGAUCUCCGACUUCAUGUUCGGACGGUCAACCGAUGUUCUUGGUACUGCGGCAGAACGCGAUGUCAAAUUUGGCACCUGGUUCGACGCGUCAAUCGUGAAGAUCGCCUGGCGCGCCCGUCUUGGGUGGGUCACACAAGUAUUCCCGGAUUCUGAAUUCAACAAGUAUGCACAGUUUGUCCAUCGUUAUGUUGAUGAACUCGUUGAGGCUCGGAAAGGCUACCUAUCCACGAAUCCAAACACCAGCGAAGGUAGAAGAUAUGUCUUUCUGGACGAGUUGCUGCGGGCAGGGGAGCCGGACGAGGUUAUUCGUAGUCAGCUACUCAGCAUCUUCCUAGCUGGGCGUGACACGACUACGAGCGUUUUGACCUAUAUGUUUCUGAAGCUCUCUCAGAGACCUGAAGUCGUUGGUAGAAUUCGGAACGAAAUUAGAGAUUUGGGUGUGGUUGACCCAACCUGGGAACAACUGAAGAACUUGAAGUAUCUGAACUGGGUGGUCAAGGAGUCCUUGAGGCUCAAUCCGCCAGUACCGAGCAACGCCAGAGAGGCAAUACGAGACACCAUCCUUCCUAGAGGUGGAGGACCCGAUGGAAAGUCUCCCAUUUUCAUUCCUAAAGGUUCAGUCUGCCGCUAUGGAGUUUGGACAAUGCAGCGACGUCACGAUUUGUAUGGAGAUGAUGCGCAUGAUUUUCGACCGGAGCGAUGGGAAUCUCUCAAAGUUGGUUUCGAGUACCUGCCCUUCAACGGUGGCCCACGAAUAUGCAUUGGUCAACAAUUUGCACUUACCCAGAUGGCCAUGGUAGCAUUUCGACUGCUCCAAGCCUUUAAAUACAUUGAAAGGAAAGACGAACGACCUCCAGUUUUGAAGGUGGCCAUAAACUCAUCCUUGCUACAUGGGUGUUGGGUCAGUAUGACACCAGCGUAA